GUUGCAGCUACAAAUGCUGCCUGCACGCCGACGUGGGCAUUUCUUUGCGACGACCCUCCUUCUGAGCGUGGUGGCUUCCGCCGCCGAUGCCCCAAGCGAAAAGGCCGUGUGCUCCCUGGAGGAGGGCGAUUUGCCUUUGACAUCUGGUGGGGUGAAGGUGGAGUCGGACGACACCACGCAGAAGCUCAGCUGGUUGUUCACGCAUGGCCUGGACCCCCGGUGCACAGAGUCUGAGUGCACUGCCGCCAAUUGCUGUGGCGUUUACAUCCACGAGGGCGUGACCUGCUCGGACGCCGAUGCCAUUGGCGGCCACUUCUGGAACAAGGAUGCCCAUUCAGAAGAUCCUUGGAAGGACGUGCGCUACGUGAUUCAGGGCUCCAUGCCAUCGGCGGUCAACGACAUCAUCGUCAGGACUGGCUACGCGGCCGAGGACAUCAAUGGCCGGGCUGUUGUGGUUCACGACUACAACGGUGCACGCAUUGGCUGUGCCAUCAUCGAGCUGCCUGCGGUCGAGACACGUGUGGAGGGCGAUGCCUUGUAUGUCUUUGGCUUCAGCCCGUAUCCUGGCUCCUCAUCUCCAUACCAGCCACAGGGAGUGGUCGAAGUCAAGUCCACGAAGGAUUUCAAGACGGUUCUGUCUUGGAAUCUGACAGGACUCGACCCUGGUUGCAGCAGCCAGUGCAGCCCGACGAACUGCUGCGGCGUCCACAUCCACGAAGGCACCAAUUGCACGGAGGAUGCCGGGCCCCACUACUGGGGCGGUCGUGACGCCGAUCCCUGGCUUUCGGUCAAGUACGACUCCAGCGAGGACCCAGCAACCGUCCUUUCCAUGAAAAUCCACACGCACCUCGCUCGCAGUGACGUCCUGGGCCGAGCGAUGGUGAUUCAUGACAAGACGGGCGUACGCAUAGCGUGCGGCGUCAUCGAGGAGUCCACGACCACGGUCUUCGAGGAGAGUCCUGAUUAUGGCGGCGAUUUGCCUUUAACAUCUGGCGGAGUGAAGGUGGAGUCGGACGACACCACGCAGAAGCUCAGCUGGUUGUUCACGCAUGGCCUGGACCCCCGGUGCACAGAGUCUGAGUGCACUGCCGCCAAUUGCUGUGGCGUUCACAUCCACGAGGGCGUGACCUGCUCGGACGCCGAUGCCAUUGGCGGCCACUUCUGGAACAAGGAUGCCCAUUCAGAAGAUCCUUGGAAGGACGUGCGCUACGUGAUUCAGGGCUCCAUGCCAUCGGCGGUCAACGACAUCAUCGUCAGGACUGGCUACGCGGCCGAGGACAUCAAUGGCCGGGCUGUUGUGGUUCACGACUACAACGGUGCACGCAUUGGCUGUGCCAUCAUCGAGCUGCCUGCGGUCGAGACACGUGUGGAGGGCGAUGCCUUGUAUGUCUUUGGCUUCAGCCCGUAUCCUGGCUCCUCAUCUCCAUACCAGCCACAGGGAGUGGUCGAAGUCAAGUCCACGAAGGAUUUCAAGACGGUUCUGUCUUGGAAUCUGACAGGACUCGACCCUGGUUGCAGCAGCCAGUGCAGCCCGACGAACUGCUGCGGCGUCCACAUCCACGAAGGCGGGGCUCGAUCUUCAAUUAAGGCACCAAUUGCACGGAGGAUGCCGGGCCCCACUACUGGGGCGGUCGUGACGCCGCUCGCUCGCAGUGACGUCCUGGGCCGAGCGAUGGUGAUUCAUGACAAGACGGGCGUACGCAUAGCGUGCGGCGUCAUCGAGGAGUCCACGACCACGGUCUUCGAGGAGAGUCCUGAUUAUGGCGGCGAUUUGCCUUUAACAUCUGGCGGAGUGAAGGUGGAGUCGGACGACACCACGCAGAAGCUCAGCUGGUUGUUCACGCAUGGCCUGGACCCCCGGUGCACAGAGUCUGAGUGCACUGCCGCCAAUUGCUGUGGCGUUCACAUCCACGAGGGCGUGACCUGCUCGGACGCCGAUGCCAUUGGCGGCCACUUCUGGAACAAGGAUGCCCAUUCAGAAGAUCCUUGGAAGGACGUGCGCUACGUGAUUCAGGGCUCCAUGCCAUCGGCGGUCAACGACAUCAUCGUCAGGACUGGCUACGCGGCCGAGGACAUCAAUGGCCGGGCUGUUGUGGUUCACGACUACAACGGUGCACGCAUUGGCUGUGCCAUCAUCGAGCUGCCUGCGGUCGAGACACGUGUGGAGGGCGAUGCCUUGUAUGUCUUUGGCUUCAGCCCGUAUCCUGGCUCCUCAUCUCCAUACCAGCCACAGGGAGUGGUCGAAGUCAAGUCCACGAAGGAUUUCAAGACGGUUCUGUCUUGGAAUCUGACAGGACUCGACCCUGGUUGCAGCAGCCAGUGCAGCCCGACGAACUGCUGCGGCGUCCACAUCCACGAAGGCACCAAUUGCACGGAGGAUGCCGGGCCCCACUACUGGGGCGGUCGUGACGCCGAUCCCUGGCUUUCGGUCAAGUACGACUCCAGCGAGGACUCCCCCUCGCGAACCUCACCCUGGAGCCCUUCAGGUGGGUCUUGGGUUUGGGUCAGCUGGCUAAUUUGCUGCACGUUGGGCUGCCAGCUUUCCCGGCUUGCCCGGUUUGCCCGGCAGCCGCAGCACGCGGGCGAGCACUCCUCCGCCAACUCGCCCAACAGGCAGGGCGGUGGGUUUGUCCGCGCCCGCGAGUCCGCGUGUCCUCGUCUCGUGUUCGCGUGGCAUUCGUGUCGCGUGUCCGUGUGUCCGGGCAUGGACAGUAUCUACUAG